ACACAAAAGUAUUUUUGGUGGAAUAUCAUACGCUAUUGGGCUGAUGGACCUUCGUUAAAGCUCCAAUGCUUCUACUUCCGAGAUAUCGAAACUCGGGGUACAUCAAGCAUAUUGAUCUGUUAACAAACCGAAUCGUUUUCCCAUCUAGCUUCUCAGGAAGAAACCCAACGAGGCAUUCGAGCAUACAAAUUGCUCCACUUACAACCAUGGCCGCGAAUAAUUCACAAUUCAAAAACGAGAAAAAGCCUCCUCUCACACACUUCUUGUGUCUGCCUCUUGUGUCGGAGACUUCACUACCGUUACUAGAAAACUCAAUCAAUAAAUUCAAGCACGACCUGCUACUCGCUCAAAAGGCCGGCGGUGAUCAUCCAUCAGAAUGGCUCCCACCGUUGUUCCCGGACUCUGCGAUUCGACCGCUGGGUACUGUGCAUCUGACUCUGGGUGUCAUGAGUCUCACAUCACCGACACGAGUGGAUGAAGCCGUGGAUUUUCUCAAAUCGCUCAAAGUGCACGAGAUAUUGCAGGAAGUGCAGUCCGAACUCAAAGAUCAAAACAAUACUGCACAGGACUUCAAUAACCCAAUAUCCGUCUCGUUAGAGUCUCUGAGCCCACUACCGAAAGCAAAAGUGGCAACUGUCUUAUAUGCCAGUCCAGUUGAUCCAACAUCGCGACUAUAUCCGUUCGCAGUCAAAAUACGCCAGGCCUUUGUUGAUGCAGGAUUCAUCGAGCAGGAUGUCAUCAAACAGAGGCCGAAGAAACACAAAGCCAGCAACCAGGCAUCAAACAACGAGGAUACCACUAAUAAUAAUAACAAUAACAACGGAACUAUCCUUGCUGCAGAAGUCGCGGAAGAAAGCAUAAUACAGCAGAAGCCCAAAUACAGACCGUUGUUAUUACAUGCCACGCUUGUCAAUACGAUAUAUGCUCGCGGCGGACGAAUAAAAAGGGGUCACAAACGUGCGGGACCCUUGACGUUUGAUGCACGAGAUCUUUUAGCAUGGUAUCGCGAUUAUUAUACGGAUGGUACAUGCACGCAGGAGAAGCAUCAACUUCCAGUUGACGACGAUGAUGCGGGACAUAGUCAAGAAGAUACUGAUUCUACUUCUCGCUCGUCAGAUGAAGAAGCUCAUCCUUCUAAAAGCGUGGAUAAAUUACAGCAAGGGCACGACUCGGACAGUCCCAGACGCCCAUUUGUGUGGGCGAGUCAUGUUCCGAUUGAGAAGCUAUGUAUAUGCGAAAUGGGUGCUAAGACACUGACCGAAGAAGAUAAUCAUUUAGCAGCGAGAUUGGGCCAGGAAUAUCGUGUUGUUGCGGAGAGGAAGUUGUUCUAG